GUUAUUUGACUGAUGUAACAGUACCAGUAGAGGCUUAAGAAAAUGUUGAAGCUCAAUAAAAGGACAAACAAAGUGCUGACGUAUGCGCUGGUGGCCUUGAUGGUGCUUCAAGUUCUGAUCGACCCCACCGAAGCGGCGACGAAGUGUCACAAAUGCACCGGAAUUAAUUGUCAACGCACGACUUACGCAGCCACGGAGGAUUGUACAGACGCGCUUGACAGUUGUGUCACUGUUUUUCAAGAAUCUAUGGUCCUAGCACAAGGCUGCCUUGGUCAAUUAGCCGUAGGGUUACGUAACAAAUGUGAAAUUCCAAGCACUGAGGAGACCGACGGAACCGAAAUGACCGAUGUUGAUGACGCCGCACCCGCAGUUAAUAGAAACUGUCAUCAGUGCAGUGAAAAUUUGUGUAAUAAUCUUAGCGCUGAGGGUACUGACUGCUUACAGUGUGAUUCAAAUGAGGAAGCCAAAUGUGCGUGUGAUACUGAAAGUCUGCAACCACAAAGAUGUCCUAUUUCAAAGGCCGUAAAUACAUAUUGUUAUGCCAAAAUCGAGGCAAGCCGUGCAACACGUGGUUGUGCCACAGAUUUGGCGCAACAAAAAGAAUGUCAGAGCAAUAGUGGCUGUAGUCUCUGCUCGCCUAGUGAUAUUAAUGGCUGCAAUCGUGAUCCUAAGGUGGCAACAAAUGAUACAACUUCGAGUACAAGCUCAGGAGGUUCAGGUACUAGUAAUGGCGGUUCGAGCUCUAGUGGCUCAGAUGGUAGCUCCAGUUCAGGUACAAGUGGCGGUGACUCGAACUCUGGAAGCUCAGGUAGUGGUGGUAGCGGUCCGAGCUCUGGUGGUGCCAGCGGUGGCUCAGAUAGUGGAAUAAGUUCUGGUACGGGAGAUGGAGGUUCGAGUUCUGGAGCUGGCAAUGGCGGCUCAGAUAGUGGAGCAGGUUCAGGCCCAGGUACAGGUGGCGGUGGCUCGAGCUCUGGAAGUUCAGGUACUAGUAAUGGCGGUUCGAGCUCCGGGGGCUCAGGCUCAGGUACAGGUGGAAGUGACUCCAACUCUGGAAGCUCAGGUUCAGCUGGUGGCGGCUCAAGCUCUGCUGGUUCCAGUAGUGGCUCAGAUAGUGAAGCAAGUUCCGGCACCGGAAGUGGAGGUUCAAGUUCUGGAAGUGGUAGUAGUGGCUCGGGUUCCGAUGCAGGCGCUGGUGGCAGUGACUCGAACUCUGGAAGUGGUUCAGGUUCUGGGUCAGGCACUGAAAUUAGUGGUGCCACCGGCUCCGGUGUAUCAAAUAAGUUAUUUGUCGCAGUGAUCUUGAUGGCAUUACCAUAUUUUAUAUAAUUUGAGUAAGAACAGUAUUUAAAUUAAAGUCGCAAAUGUUAAGAUAUAUGA